AUUUUUUGAACUCAGAGUCUCCUUUCUUCCAGAGGCUUCUCAUACUUUCUCAUAUAUUUCUUCUACACAACGCUUGCAGGAUCAAACCCUCAGACCCUUCAAUUCGUAGGUUCAAACUCAAAUUCCGACCAUAUUUAGUGCAACGAUUGGCAUCCAGCUAUACACUAGCGAUUUCGGUGGCCUUGUGAGGUUAGUCAAGGUGUGACUGAGUUCAGCAGACUUACAGAGCAGUCAAGUUUCGAACGGAUUUCUCUGACAACCAUCUCUGUGACCUCUCUUAGUGGCGAUGGCGAGUUGCUGCGAUCUGAAUGAAGUCACUGUGGGUUGUGGAAGGGAGUCGAUAGUCGCCACUCUGGUGACAUAUGUGGAUUCAAGAGUCUGCGACGUGAGAUCGAACAGGAAUGGUCCGCCGCUUUCAAAGAUCUUUCCCCAGCUCUUCAAUGCCAUUUCUCAGCAUUUAACCGAUUCCAUUUCCUUGAUCCCCACUGCGAAUGCCAUCGACGCCUUCAUUCAUAUCUUCUCCACUCCUGUGCCAACGUUGUUGGCUGAGGCGGUGCGUCCGGAAACCCCCCUUGCAAAUACGCUCUCAAUGGGGUUGUCCUCACACAACAUGAUGACGAAUGGUUCUUGGGUCCUCCACCCGGCUGCUUACGAGGCCGCGGAAAGCACAACACGUAGUAAAACAAGCGGGACGCAUUUGUCAGAAGAGUAUGUUGUGAGCCUUGUCAGACUCACUGCCAACGGCAAUAUUUCCUCACUCCACUGCGGGCUAGAGUCGGUUUUGACCAGAAGCCCCACAGAAGUCGGCAUUUUGCGAGGGGAGGGCGAGGGAAGAAAGAAUCCUGGGGUAUCCGGACGCACUCAUCAGGUUGUGCUUCUCGGGGUUUCUUCCGAUUUGGAAUUUGCAUCAAAGAUUGCCAGCGUCGAAGAUUUCAUGAUGGGAAAGAUGGUGAAGUGCAUCCCAGGAAAUGGCUCAGACACUUGCACGGCAAUUGACGGCUGUACAUCCACCCUAGGAGCCGCAGCCGCGCAACGUGGAAAUCGGGCCGAGGUGAACGGUUUUCCCGGGUUGCAUGACACGGGAUGGAAUGAGGACGCCGUGGACUACGGGGCAGCGAGGACAAAGUCAUCGCUGUGGACUAAAACCGGCCUUCCGCUGGUGAUGUCAUCACUCAUACUCCCCGUUAAGGCGGAAGGGGUUGUCAUCGUGCCGACAACCACAAGUCACACGGGUUACGUCGUGGUGGUGGUGGCUGUUGUGGCCGGAGCCAUUGCAAUCGUCUAUUUCAUCGUCGUCUCGAAAUUGAAAGCUCGAGCUCGAGCCCUAGAAAUGCAACACAUCGACCGUUGUUUGGAGGAUGUUCCUUCUACGACUGGGCGACGGAGAGAAGACGAAAACGAUAUUCCACCAUCGCUAAAUUUCUAAACCGCGAAGAAGCGGAACACACAUAAACUUAUCGCUUAACCGGGCUCGUUACUUGAGAUCCGCGGCGUGACGUGUCUAGCUUUUACUUUACAUCCUACUUUCAGGGAAGAUGUAAAGUGACUUUAAAUAACCAAAGGAAGGAUUCUGAAGGGUACUGAUAAGGUAUCUUGUUCAGCUUCUUGAAAUCUACUACGGGGGACCUGCAUUGAUUCUGAAUGUAUGUGUAAUCUUAUCAAAGUUACUUUUAUUGUCUUGUUGUAAAAUUCGUAAAGGAGUUUCUGUA